CACCCGCCCCGCGCCGCCCUGGGGCGGGGACCGCGCGGCCUUCCGGGAGACUCAACCCCGCGGCAACUUCUCUCUACGGUCCCAGAGGGGCGGCACCGACCCAGCUGGAGCCAAGGCCACUCCACUGUGCAAGCCUUUCCAUGGAGGAUGCCGGCGAGGACCCCACCAUAUUCUCUGCCCAUUCUCUGCCCAGUGACCCCCGGCUCUUGGCCACCGUGACCAAUGCAUACUUAGGCACACGCGUGUAUCAUGAUACACUGCAUGUGAGCGGCGUGUACAAUGGGGCUUGUGGGGACACGCACCGGGCCAUUCUGCCCAGUCCCCUCAAUGUCAAGCUGGAGGUCCCUGCAGGGACAGGAGAGCAGCUGACCAAGACCUUUACCCUGGACACUAACACAGGCUCCUUUCUGCACACCCUGGAGGGCCCCCGCUUCCGGGCCUCUCAGCGCAUCUAUGCCCACCGCACACUGCCUCACGUCCUGGCCUUCAGUGUGUCCAUCACCCGCUUGGCUGCAGGAAGUUGGCCCGUCACAGUGCUGCUGCAGUCAGCCUUCUCCCCAGAAAGUCCGGACCUGGACCUGCAUCUGGGUCCCGACUUCCAGGGAGCCCGGUACGCGUAUGGCCGCACGCUCACGUCCGAGCAGCCUGGGGGGUCACAGCAGGAGGUGCACAUGCUGUGGUCGCCAGUGCCCCCAGCCUUGACUCUUAGGGAAGGGGAGGAUGUGGGGACAUGGGAGUUCCUGACGGUGGUGGGCGGCAGCCAAGCAGAGGCCCAGGCCUGCCUCGCCGACGCCUUGCACCUGCAGGCCCGGGGCACUCUUUACACAGCCCAUGCCCAGGCCUGGGCUCAGCUCUGGGCAGACUGUGGGCUGGACGUGGUGGGGCCCCUGCCCCUGCGCCAGGCCCUGCGUGGGGCCCUCUACUACCUGCUCAGUGCCCUGCCCCAGCCUGGUGCCCCGCAUUAUGUCUGCCAUGGCCUCAGCCCUGGGGGCCUCUCCAACGGGAGCCGCGAGGAAUGCUACUGGGGCCACGUCUUCUGGGACCAGGACCUCUGGAUGCUCCCCAAUAUCCUGAUGUUCCACCCCGAGGCUGCCAGGGCUCUCCUGGAGUACCGCAUCCGGACACUGGGCGGGGCCCUGGACAAUGCCCGGGACCUGGGCUUCCAGGGAGCCAAGUUUGCCUGGGAGAGCGCAGGCUCUGGCCUGGAGGUGUGCCCCGAGGCCAUUUAUGGGACCCAGGAGCUCCACAUCAAUGGGGCCGUGGUGCUGGCCUUCCAGCUGUACUACCACGCCACCCAGGACCUGCAGCUCUUCCGAGAGGCUGGUGGCUGGGAUGUGGUCAGUGCCGUGGCUCAGUUUUGGUGCAGCCGUGUUGAGUGGAACCCUGGUGACGAGAAGUACCACCUGAAGGGAGUCAUGCCGCCUGAUGAGUAUCAUUCAGGAGUUGACAACUCCGUGUACACCAACGUCCUGGUCCAGAACAGCCUGCACUUUGCUGCUGCUCUGGCCCAGGACCUGGGUCGGCCCAUUCCCGACCAGUGGUUGGUGGUGGCUGAUAAGAUCAAGGUGCCCUUUGACCCGAAGCUGAACUUCCACCCUGAGUUUGAUGGGUACCAGCCUGGUGAAGAGGUGAAGCAGGCAGAUGUCGUGCUGCUGGGGUACCCUGUCCCCUUCCCCCUAAGUCCUCAGGUUCGCAAGAAAAACCUGGAGUUCUAUGAGCCUGUGACAUCCCCCCAGGGCCCGGCCAUGACCUGGAGCAUGUUUGCUGUGGGCUGGUUGGAGCUGAAGGACGCCAGGCGGGCAUGGGACCUCCUGGAGAAGAGCUUUCCCAACAUCUCGGAGCCCUUCAAGGUGUGGACGGAGAAUGCAGACGGGUCAGGGGCCGUGAACUUCUUAACGGGCAUGGGGGGCUUCCUGCAAGCGGCACUGUUUGGGUUCACGGGGUUCAGGAUCACCCAGGCUGGUCUGGCCUUCGACCCCACGUGUCCUGCGGGAGUCUCAGGAGUGUAUGUCACUGGCAUCUCCUACCAGGGGAGCAAGCUUGACUUUUCCUUCUCCGAGGGUUCUGUGACAGUCGAGGUCAUGGCCCGGUCAGGUCCGUGGGCCCCUCCACUGGAGGCUGAGCUCUGGCCAUCACAGGCUCGGCUCCCCCUGCCCCCAGGACACAAGAUCUCCUUUCCCUGCUCAGCUGGCCGGAUACAGAGGUCAUGCCUGUAGGAAGCAGGGGCAGCAGGUUCUGCUCCAACAGUUUCCUGGGAGGAUUUUUGGACGACAUGAGACACCUGCCCCAGAGCCCACAAGGCCCCCUCCAGCCCCACAGAGUCCCUCCUCCGGCCCUGACCUGCCCCUGCCCCCAGACGGCCAGGGCUCUUGGCUAACCCUAACCCUUCUGGCCACUCCCUCUGGAGGUGCCCCCAGCCGGCUGCGCCCCUGUCCUCGACGCCCUCCUGGCCUGCCACCCACUUCCACCCUCCACCUGGCAACCAGACUCACAGGUUCCAGGGAAAGUCUGGAUUCUUUGGCCUAAGUUCAAGACGCUGCCUCUAGCCUGGGCGCCCCUCCCCCAGCCUAAACCCCUGCAGCCACGUCUGCUCCUGCCCCUCUGGGCUGACGCCUGCACCUGCCCUCCCUUGGCGCCCCUUCCCUAGACGCCACAGGGUGAGGCGGGGGGGUGACCAACAGUUCUGCAGAGAAGACAGAGGCAGGUGCAGGCAGAUGUGGACGGCAGGGAGGAGGGGUGUCGGGGAAGACGCAGUCUCCUGUGGGCUCACUCAGGACCCUGAGUCGCAGCUUUGCCGCCAAGGGCCUUCUGUGUCACGCAGCAGCAGCAGGCGUGGCUGGGUCCAGGUGCCCUGGGCUGUUGUGGGGCCUCAGUGUCCUCCGUCCUGGCUCCUCUUGCCUCUGGGCCCCUUCGGUCGAGUGGCUGCCUCUGUCACAUGCCUGCCCUCAGCCAGCAAGGGACGGAGUGGGACACCCAGCAGGAUCCUGCAUUUCCCUCUGACCGGCCAGAAGGGCUUGGGCCAGCUGUGUGUGAGUUCAAGGCCACGACCUGUGCAGGCUGCCCUCAGCGAGGCUCUGCCCACCCUCCCCCCGGGGCCUUCGCACAUCAGACUUGCGCUCUCUGGGGUCUCCCGAGGAUGAGGUCAGGUGGCGCCUGCCCUGAAAUCUUGGUGAAGGCCGUCACGAGGCACCAGAUCUGCCUGAGGAAUUAAAGUUCAGUGCUGGGCAA